GCAGGUUCAAACAAAGACUCAAGAAUGGAUGUUUGGGCACUGCUCUGGAUACUUCUUGGGGGAACCUGGCAUGUUGCUAGAGGCCAAUUCUCUCCUUUUCGAGAAAGUGGAUGCAAGGUGACCAAUUCCAACUUGAACGAAAUGUGUUGUGCCAAUAGCAACAUUCCGUGUGGAUUGAAUGAAGGUGGUUGUGGAGAUUACAGCCAUUGCGAAGAGCCUUUGACCUGCCAAGACAACGCGUGUGUGGAUGCCAAUAACACGGCCAUCUACGGCAGCAAAUGUUGUGCUUUUGAGGGUCGCAAGCCCCUGGACACCUGUCUGGAAGAGGACAUCUCCUAUUGGUACUAUGACAUUGAUGAACAGGUUAACAUGAACAUGGACCAAUGCAAUGAGUUUUGCCGGUCAGAAGACACUUGUGCGGGUGUGGUAUUGCGCAAAGGCUCAGGAACUUGCUCUCUCAAAGCUGUUUCCAUUCCGUUGCCUUGGGUACGACUUGUGGAAACUGGCACAGACAGCUACCAUCGCUGGUGCAAGCCAAACUGUUGGAUUCCGGACAUGGAAUUUCGCCAUGGCCAAACCUCUUACAGAUGGGUGGAGAAUCCCGGUGCUCCUGAGGAAUGUCAUCGAUUAUGCCAAGAGGAUGUGGAUUGCUUCACCAGCUUUAUCUACCCUUUCCCCUAUGUGUGCAUCUUGCGAAAGUUUGACCACUACCCUAUGAACAGAUUCACGUAUGGAACGACAAUGCCACAGUUUUGUGUUACUUGGAACGGGUCUUGGGGUUAUGAAGAAGAGUUGGGCCCUGAUGUAAAUUACAGCGUGGUUCAAGCCCCAAUCAACAAGGAUAUUCAAGAUGUAUGCAUGGAACUGAAAAGUCAACCCGCCUCAGUUGAAACGCCUCGCCAUCAAAACCUGUUUACAUUCUUGUUUAGAUAUGAAAGAUUAAAAUCCCACAUGAACCAUUUGGGUUACAAAACAGCCAACAAUGAAGUUUUUGAUGAGGAUGAUGGCCAUUCGCUCUGGAUUGGUCGUGGUGAUGCUCCAGAUACGUCACUUACCAAAUUCAUUUGCGAGCGCAGGAAAGGCGUAUGCUACCACCUGCCUACAGUCCCGAACGCAAUGAGAGUCGAUGCCACGAGUGGAUCAUCAGGGUUUGCUCCGAAAGUGGGCGAAACGAUACACUUUUAAGAACGUUGCCUAUAAUCGCUCUGAAAGUUUUGGGCAACGUCUGGAACUUCAUUCACAUCACGCAAGAAGAACAGCGCAACCGCCAUCCUCUGACUGAAAGCCGAUGAGUUUGACGAAGGGAGUCCAUAAGACAAUCCCGCCACUGGUUUUACGAGUCCCUGAGGAAUGCCGGAAAUCUCGACUCAAGUCUGUCUUGGCCAUCAUAGAGACACCCAUGGUACCGCAUUCUCAAUUGGAUUGGAAAAAGUCAUUGAUCCGAUUGUCUUCAACCCAACCUUCGACCGUUCAUCUUAUGUGGACAAGGAACAAGGAACAGGUUUCAAUAGAUUUCUUGAGAACUUACCAGGCGUCAAGGUGGAAAUACGUAGAUUCGAUGUCUUUUGUACCUCCCGAAUAGGUCUCCCCCCACGCUUUAGUCGAUUGUUUCGACUCGAACGGCGGUCCUCGAACCCAAAAUGGGACAUCCCAAUGUAUAUUUUAAAAACUUGUCAAAUAAUGAUCCAAUGAGAUUCAAACUCGCAAUAAAGAUUGUUUUUGAGAUUGGUUCGAUACAUAAAAAUCCACAUAUGUAUUGCUCAAAUCUGUCGUUCUAUCUAAUUUUGCUUGCCUUUUUUUAUUGAAAUACAUAGUCCCCACAA